AUGCUCAGUGUUAUGGACGAGGAGUUUCUGCAAGCCAUCGUGCCAGCGGCGUUGAACGGUGCCCUGAUGUUGGGUGGAAUGGCGUACGCCCUCGCUCAGUGCGGCAAAUCCCGCGAUCAGCCGAAGCGCAAGAGUAAGAGGAGUGGAAAAUCGGGCAAGUCCAGGAAGACGGGCAAAUCCAAAAAGUCCAGCAAAUCGGGCAAGUCCUCCAGAUCUGGAAAGUCCGACAAGAGCUCCAAGCGCGGCAAAAAGGAAAAGAAGGUGAGUCGGGUAACAUUGAGGAUGCGGUUAUAUUGACUAUGGUUUUGGGGUUGUUUUAAAGGUGGUUUUUAAGUUUCAAUAUUUUAGUUUUUAGCUUUUUGGUUAAAAAUUUUAAAAACAUGCUAAUCUUGAAAAUAUAGGUAACGCUUUUGAAGACUGAUUUAAAAAAAAUAUAGUAAAAACAGAUGAGUGGCCUAGCUUUUAAAUAGCUUAGGGAAUGUAAGGGCCUGUUUCGCUGAUUUUUGAUUCUAAGCAAUCAACAAAUUCUGGCUGUAAAACGACUGAUUUUUGUUGAUUUCGCAACUGAAAAUGAGUAAAAUGUCUAUUUUGAAGGAACAACUGGUUUUUUACAUUAAAUUUUCAAAAAAUGAAAAAUUUAAUUUUUGGAUAUUGGAAAAUAUGUUAAAAAUUUGCAAAAUUGGUCGGCGUUUUUUUUAUUUUUGGGUAAGUUUUUUUGCUAUUUUGGCAAUUUUUUUCUGAUUUUUUAGAUGAAAACCUUGAAUAGGUGUAAUAAUUUUGAAAAAUUAAUUUUUUUCAAUUUUAGAGUAGCAAAUCGUCCAAAUCUUUAAAGUCGAGCAAGUCCAGCAGAUCUGGCAAGUCGAAGGAGGCAGGACGCAAGGGCAAGAAAUCUAGCUGCUCCAAGCGCAUCCAACGACCAUCGGACGUGCCAAAGGUCGGUGUUCAAGCAGUUCGCGAUGUCGCUCAGUCUGAUGCCUACAAGGAUGAGGUGGGUUAUACUUGGGGUUUCUCGGUUAUUACUUUUGAGUUUUUUUUCGGGGUGGAUAACGUGAAAUUUUUGGCUUUUUUAAGGGUAAAUUAUAAAAAAAAUUUUAAAUUAAAAAAAAUUUAUUAAAUUUAAAUGUUUCGGGCUUUAUUAAAGUUCAAAAUUUUCAGUCGAUGAAGAACGUGGCUCCACGCGAAUCCUUCAUUGAGUCUGCGCGCCUCAUUACCUCGGAUCCUCACGAGCUUCGUUUUCCCUCGACCGGCGGCUUGAAGAAGCUGACUUUGACAAACCCCAACUCUUAUAAGGUGGCCUUCAAGAUCAAGUGCUCGGACAACAACUUGUACCGCGUCAACCCGGUUUAUGGCUUCAUCCCACCCAACUCGGAGCAAGCGGUCGACGUUGUCCGCCAAAAUGGGGCCAGCAAAAUUGACAAGAUGGUCUUUUUGUUGACCAAAGUUGCGCCCGACGCCGAACAACCCAAGAAGGCGUUCGGCAACAACGAGGUGGUCCCACUUUUGGUGGUACCCCUCCUCGGAUGA